GGCUGCCGGGCUGCUACGCGUGUGUCUGCAGGUAGGGACGCUACAAAUGCAGCCUGCUAGCGUUCGCGCCAGUCAGGCCUACCGCGAACUGGAUGCUGCUGCAGAGGACUGCAGCUCGCACAACCUGCUCGCACUACUGCAAAAAUGCAAUGCAAUUGCAGGGCAAAAAGCUAGUGUGCCGAUACGCUAGCUUUUGUCGAGGCCUUGCACAAGGUUGUGGAUGGAUACCAGGGCGUAGCGCUGCCUGUCGUGCCGUAGACAAUGCCUGACAACGUCCUUUGACUGCUGCGCUGCCAUAGCCGCUGUUUGCAGUCGUGUCACGGCUGCUCUCCCUGUCCAGCUGUAUCAUAGCUGCUCGGUUUGCAUCCAUGCGACGCGCACUGGUCUGUCUCAGCUGCUGCGCCUUCGCAGCAGCGUUGGUCGCGCCGCCACAGCAACGGACGACGCGCACGGAACUUCACGCGGAGUCGCGCUUCUGGUCCUACGACGGUGUGGACGUCCACUACGCCGUCGAGCAGGCGACGAAACCAUCAGAUGCGGUCGUCGUCUUCGGCCCGGGAUUUGGAGCGGGCGCGUUCCAAUUUGAAGACGUCUGCAGACACGUGGCAAAUGGAGGCGUCGACGCGAUCGCGAUGGACUGGCUCGGCCAAGGGCGCUCGUGGCCCGAGGGCGACAUGGCGGGGCGGAACUUUGGGGUGGAGACGUGGAUCGCGCAACUGACGGCGUUCGUCGAGCAGCUCGACUACUCCCAGGUCUACGUCGCGGGCAACUCGAUUGGGGGCCUCGUGGCGGCGUCCGUGGCCGCGCGGUCCGAUAAAGUCGCGGGCUGCGCUUUGCUGAAUCCGACGCCGUUCUGGAGCUUCUGGGGUGUAAAUGGAUGCCCGCUCUGGUCCGGCGACCUGCCGGGGCCGGCGCCCUUCGAGGCUUUUGGAGGUGCGUGGUUCGACGCUUUGAGGGAUGAAAAGACGGUCCAGUCGUUGCUGAGGCAGGUCUACGCGGCGCCGGCCCGGGCCGACGACCGGCUGGCGCGGGACAUUUGUACGAGUGCGGCGCAUCCCAACGGGCCGCGCGUGUUUGCGUCGAUCUUGUUCGCGGGACGAGCAAAAGAUGAAUUCGACGACGUCAUGCGACGGCUGGGCGAGAAGGACCUCAAAACGUACCUCGUCUAUGGGCGGGAGGACCCCUGGGUCCGGCCCAUCUGGGGCCAGCGGGCGGCGCGGCGCUUCGCCGAGGCCGGGCGGACGGCGCCGUACUACGAGCUGUCGCCGGCGGGCCACUGCGUGCACCACGAGGCGCCACACGCCGUGGCGGCCUGCGUGUUGAAGCUUAUUCGCGGCGUCGACGUGCCUGUGUCCGUGCAAGAGGACCACGGGCCCCGGAUAGCUAUCGAGGAGCGGGGUCCGGCGGCGCCGCGCGGGAUUCUUGAGCGCGUCGCGGCGGGGGCGUGGGGGUGACGUAAGGUUCGGAA